GUGGUGGUGGCGACAUGGUGAUCUGACCGUGUUGACCAGUUGGCGGGCGGCGCGCGUGGCAGUUGGUCAUGGAUCGCAUCAGGUUCAAAGUCAAUGGAGUCGAGUGCUCGGUGGGUUGCGAGGUGAGCUCGGACACUACUCUGUUGGACUUCAUCAGGGACAUUUUGCGUCUGCCGGGCACUAAAUACAUGUGCCGCGAGGCCGGCUGCGGUGCCUGCAUCGUGUCCGCUGUGAAGUGUCCCGGCGCAACAAACACAUCUGUCAACGCGUGUAUGGUUUCCGUAACAUCCUGCCAAGACUGGGAUGUGACGACCAUUGAGCACCUGGGGAACAAACUGAAAGGUUACCACGUGAUACAGAAGACGCUCGCAGAGAACAACGGAUCGCAGUGUGGCUACUGUAGCCCCGGCUGGGUAAUGGCCAUGCACAGUCUAUUGCAGAGCAAAAAGGACCGUACCAUGUUAGAAAUAGAGCAGUCUUUCGGGAGCAACGUCUGCAGAUGCACAGGCUACCGGCCAAUUCUUCACGCAUUCAAGAAAUUCGCAACAGAUGCUCCGAAUUGGAACAAGAUAUAUGAUAUAGAGGAUCUACAGAUUUGUAAAAAGACAGGAGACGAAUGUAAGACCGAUUGCGAUGACUACGAGUGGUGCGUUGUAAAUAAAGAUGAAGUAGAAAAUCAAAAGGUUAUUCACGUGAAGUUAGAGGACGGUCGCGAAUGGUUUAGAGUUUUGGAAUUAAUUGAUGCCUUCAAUAUAUUGCGAGUGAAAGGCGACGACUCUUACAUGCUGGUCGCCGGGAACACUGCUAAAGGUGCAUAUCCUAUAUUCCGGUAUCCCAGAAUACUAAUAGAUAUCAGCAUGGUGGGCGAGUUGAAGCAAGUGUUGUUGGAUCAAAACUUGGUGAUUGGAGCGGGCUCGACCAUCAGCGAGACUAUGGAGGUGUUCUUGCGAUUGUCAAGACGCAAUAAUUUUGAAUAUCUACUGCAGCUUUACGAUCAUCUUACUCUCGUUGCCCACAUACCAGUGAGAAAUCUCGGUACAAUAGCUGGAAACCUGAUGAUUAAACAUGAGCAUCGUGAAUUCACAUCAGAUAUUUUUCUGCUAUUUGAAACAGUCGGAGCUCAAAUCACAAUUUUGUAUCCAAUUGGACUUCGAAAGGUUGUGACAAUGCAAGGUUUUCUCAAAGAAAACAUGAGAGGAAAAAUUAUUCUUAAUGUGCUUUUACCUCCUCUGAAAGACUACAAAGUGGUGACUUUUAAGGUAAUGCCAAGAGCUCAAAACGCUCACGCAAUAGUACACGCUGGAUUUCUGUAUAAAGGAUACAAUAACAUAGUUCAUGAAACAAGAAUAGUGUAUGGUGGUCUGUCGCCGACAUUCGUGCGGGCAACUAACACUGAGCGGUAUCUGGUCGGAAAAGCUCUGUUUACGAACGAGACGCUGCAGAGUGCGCUGCACAUACUCAACUCUGAGUUAGUGGUGACUGACAAUCCUCCGGAGGCCUCAGUCGCAUACAGGAGGCAGUUGGCCCUAUCAUUGUUUUAUAAGGGUCUAUUAACAUUAUGUCCCGAGCACAUUCUGCACCAGCGGUAUCGGUCAGGUGCGAUCAAACUCAAGGAGAGCCGGCCUGUGUCUGACGGCCGACAAAUAUUCGAUACAAACCCGACCCUGUGGCCUGUAAAUCAACCGAUACCAAAGCUGGAAGGGCAGAUCCAAUGCUCGGGAGAGGCUAUGUAUGUGGAAGACAUACCGCCCUUACCGCAGGAAGUGUUCGCUUCCUUUGUCCUCAGCACUGUGGCCCUCGGAGAUAUAGAUGUCAUUGAUUCAACUAAAGCAUUGAGGGAGCCCGGUGUUGUAGCACUUUACACAGCAAAAGACAUACCAGGUGUUAACUCGUUUACACCUUCCGGUUCAUUGCUGAGUCCGAUUAACGAGGAACUUUUGUGUAACGGAAAAGUUAAAUAUUAUAACCAACCCAUAGCAAUAGUUGUCGCUAAAACGCGUGCAAUAGCUGACAGAGCCGCUCAAUUGGUAGCGGUUAAAUAUAAAAAUGUAAAAAGACCUCUUCUUGAUAUUAAAGUAGCUAAAAAUGAAGCAGGGAGAAAUACUAUGUUUUUGAAUAUACCUCAAACAGACAGGGGAAGCAAUGUAAUUAAAGUAAUAAAUGGUUCGUUUACUAUCUACGGACAAUAUCAUUUCUGUAUGGAGACGCUGGUUUGUGUGACCAAGCCCACUGAGGAAGGAUUAGAAGUGCAUUCGGCCACGCAGUGGAUGGACGGAGUGCAAGUGGCUACGUCGCGAGCACUAAAUCUACCAGAGAACAAGAUCGACGUGCACGUGCGUCGGAUCGGCGGCGCGUACGGAUACAAGAUAACGCGCUCGUUGCAGGUGGCCGUAGCCUGCAACUUGGUCGCGCACCGCCUGAACCGCCCCUGCAGGUUUAUACAGUCGCUCACCAACAACAUGCGGGCUGUGGGCAAGAGACUGCCUUGUAGCACUAAUUUUGAAGUUGGUGUAGAUUCUCAAGGAGUGGUGCAAUAUUUGAAUUACGAUCUAUAUGAUGACCAUGGGUAUAUCAUAAACGAACCCUUCUUAGCACUCACAACAGACAUUUACAACAAUUGCUACAACAAAGCCAGAUGGAAUUACAGAUCGUUUAACACCACUACUGACAAUCCAUCGAAUACAUGGUGCAGGUCUCCAGGUACACUUGAAUGUAUAGCAAUGACGGAAUCAAUACUGGAACGUAUAAGUUACGAGCUUUCAUUAGACCCUAUACAAGUGCGCUUAGCCAAUUUAGAUCCUGAAGUAGAAAAAGAUAUGACCGAGUUGUCUGAAACUAUUAUGAAGAAUUCUCAGUACACAGAACGUAGAAGUGCAGUUGACAAAUUUAAUAGAGAGAAUCGAUGGAAGAAACGCGGUCUGAGAGUUGCUUUUAUGAAAUGGGUUCCUGUAGGCAGUUUCUAUUUGGACAUUAACAUGUCAGUUUACCAUGAUGACGGUACAGUAGUCAUAACACACAGCGGUAUCGAAAUGGGUCAAGGCAUAAACACCAAAGCUGUACAGAUCUGUGCAUAUUUUCUCAAAAUACCAGUAGAAAUGGUUCAAAUCAAAGCGAACAAUACUAUCAUAGCACCUAAUGCAUUCAUAUCAGGUGGAAGCUUGACAUCACAAUACGUGGGAAUCGGCGUACAGAAAGUUUGUGAAGCAUUCUUACUGAAACUAGAACCUGUCAGAAAUCGGAUGACUAACCCUAGCUGGGUGGAACUGAUUCAAAGCGCGUUUGCUGCUGACAUUGAUCUGCAAACGCACGCCCAUGUUAAUAAUACAGAUGUGCAAAAAUAUAACAUAUUUGGUGCAACAAUAGCCGAAGUUGAAGUUGAUAUAUUAACUGGUCAAACGGAAGUGUUAAGGGUAGAUUUAUUAGAAGACGCUGGAAGAAGUGUCAGCCCGGAAAUAGAUGUUGGUCAAGUCGAAGGAGCUUUCGUCAUGGGCCUUGGUUAUUGGACUUCGGAAAAUUUAGUAUACAAUCCAGAUACUGGAGAGUUAUUAACAAAUCGCACGUGGGAGUACUGGGUACCGCAGGCUCGGGAUAUACCUCAAGAUCUUAGAAUAUAUUUUAGGAAAAGAUCUUAUAGCAACGACGCUAUACUCGGAUCCAAAGCAACCGGAGAGCCGGCAACAUGUAUGGCGAUAGUUGUGCCUUUUGCAAUAAGAGAGGCCAUAUCCUCUGCAAGAUUAGAAUCUGGUAUACCUACGAAUCAAUGGUUUGAUUUAGAUGGACCUUACACAUAUGAAAAAAUAUGUCUCUCAGCCGCUACAAAUUUUGAAUUAUUUAAAUUUUACUAA